UCUUCUCAUCGUUUUAAAAUAAAAAAGCAUCAUUCAAAUCAUAUUUCCAUUUACUCCUCUGUUUGGGCUUGUUCCAUCUUUUCUUUCUCGAAAAUCUCCUUCUCUUAAUAACUAAAAUGGCAUACUCAAAGGUGAUUAUUGCUUUAAUGUUGGCGUUUGUAGCCGGAUCAGCUUUGGCACAAGCACCAGGAGCAUCUCCAGCAGCUUCUCCUGCCCCGGUAGCAUCACCUCCGGUGGCGACUCCUCCUUCUACUACUACAUCAACACCUGUCUCUGCUCCACCAACUGUUGACACUCCGGCAUCUUCUCCUUCCGGCGGUUCUCCUACCGAAUCUCCUAACUCUGCUUCCUUCAACAGAGUCGCCCUCGCCGGAUCUGCUGUUGUAGCUGUCUUUGCUGCUGCUUUGAUGCUUUAGAUCCCCGGUCUGUGAAAUAUUUUGCAUUUUCAUUCACCGGAAUUAAUGAGUUAGGGUUUAUUUUUCACCUAUUUUGUUAAUUCUUUUUUACUUUGGCGGUAUGCGUAACCGCUGUUGAUUUAUUUGUAUUGAUGCAUGUUCUUAUUGUUGAAUAUUAUGACGGGAUUCUUUGUUUAUUUAAUGGAGACCACUACGAUUCUGAUUU